AUGGAAAUCACUACUACCAAUAACAAUACCACUUCACAUCCUGCUGAAAUUUCACCACCCGUUGAAAAACCAAUAAAAAUUAUUGCAUCAUGGGAGGAACGAAUAUCCACGUUCGUCAAUGCCAUCUCGCAACCGACUACAAAAGCCGGCGAACUCCUUACAACACUUCUUGACACCUUUUUCCCCAAUGGCGUCACUCCCAAUUACGAUCAAUCCUCUUCAGAUUCUCAGAAACCCGACAUAUUCACUCAACUCAUCACACUCUGCGACACCAAAGCUUUAGCAGAUCAUGGCGUGAUUAGUAAGGCUCUUGCAACCAGUCAACUCCACGAAAUCCAUCAAAACCUACAGUCAUACUGUAAAGAAGGUGUACGAUCGGUGUUUAUGAAAAAAUUGGUUGAGUUAUGUGAUGGCUUCUACAAAUUGAUGACUGAUAACACGAGACGUGAUGCAGUGCAACUGUUACCUAUAAUGAUUACUUUUGCGUUCUUACAUUUGGCCGUGCUUCGGGAGAGGAGUACGUGUAAAACGGAAAUAUUCGGUAACACUGGAGGAGUUGGGGGUUGGAAAUCUCCUUUCGCCACAGAAUUAUCGAGACAAGUCAGGGAUUACGAGCUCUACUUCACCGAAAUGUAUUUACAAUGGAAAGACUGGCGUAAAUCCAAAAUUCUGAUCUCCACCUUCGAUGAUCCACAAGAUCCAAAAACUUUUAUACAACAGGUUCUUGAUACAAUAACAAUCAAUCCAAAUACGACGAGUGAACCUCGUCGCAUAAGAUAUUUCUCGCCUGAAGAGGAUGCCCAAGCCGAAACUGGAGACAACAAAGCUUUUAUUACUAAUGCGUGCACGAACUCCAAACUUCGUCUGUUUAAUGAAACCAACGCCGAAUUCAUGAAACUCUACGUGUACACCUUCGCCCUGCACAAAUUUGCUCCUGAUAAUUGGAGCGCAUCUACCAUGGCUCCUAAUGCAAAGGUUGCAGCUAUCACUUACGGACCAUACGGAAGAGAUACUUUCCCCAAUGGAUUGCAUAGCCUAGAGGAUUGUGAGGAUAAAUCGGUGCUUUGUGAUGAUGAACCAGGUGUUAUCAUCGGUGUAAAUAUUAACUAUGGGGAGGUUCUGCACGGAUUGCGAGUCAUCUAUCAGACGGAUCAUAAGAGGCGUAUUCGCAUAGGCACACAGAAAGGAAACCCGAAGGAAGGCGAGUUUGUUACCAUACGCGGAUUAAACGAAGUGUGUAAUCAUAUCAUAGCCGUGGACUUGUACUACCACUCCCACGUUAUAUGUGGAAUUGAAUUCUUUUUUUCGGAUGGAAACAGCACGGGCAUAAUGGGAAAGAAGCACGAAAAUGCUGAGGUGAUCAAGUGUGGAUCGAUCGGAGGUGGCGAGUUUAAGUUGACCGGGAUAAGAGUUGCCGAUGUGACACGCGAAUCUUCAGGGAAAGCAAUAAGUCAUAUUGAACUAAAAUUUGAGCAUAUUAGGGUGAGCGACGACGAUGCAGCGGAAUUAUAA